AUGAACAUGUCCACCAGGUCUGUCUGCUCUGACGCUUACACUGACGCCUCCUGGCAGGUGGACGACUGUCCAGAGAGCUGCUGUGAGCCCUGCUGUGCCCCCAGCUGCUGCCAGCCCAGCUGCUGUGCCCCCGACUGCUAUGCCCCAGCCUCCUGCCUGACUUUCAUCUGCUCCCCAGUGAGCUGUGUGUCCAACCCCUGCAGUCAGUCAGUCUGCACCAGCUGCUGCACGCCCCCGUGCUGCCAGCAGUCUAGCUGCGAGCCCUCUUGCUGCACCUCCUCCUCCUGCCAGCAGUACUUCUGUGUGCCCGUCUGCUGCAAGCCCUCCUCCAGUGUGUCCCUGCUCUGCCGCCCUGUGUGCAAGCCCGCCUGCUGUGUACCUGAUUCCUCCUGCUGUGCCUCCUCCUGCCAGCCCAGCUGCUGUGGCCCACCCAGCUGCUGUGGCCCAGUGGCCUCCAGUGUGUCCCUGCUCUGCCGCCCCGUGUGCAAGCCCGCCUGCUGUGUACCUGAUUCCUCCUGCUGUGCCUCCUCCUGCCAGCCCAGCUGCUGUCGCCCAGCUUCCAGUGUGUCCCUGCUCUGCCGCCCCGUUGUGUCCCUGCUCUGCCGUCCUGCCUGCUGUGGUCUCUCCUCAGGCCAGAAGUCCAGCUGCUGA